UUCCCUCCCUCCAACUCUCUCUCUUUCAUCUCUUCAUCUUCCUUCUCCAACCCUAGACAGAAGGAGAAGAGAGACUCUGCAACUUUCCGAGAAAAAAAGAAAAAAAUUCUCUUUUCGGUACUCCUCACCGUCACUGGAAAUGAGGCUCCGUCACUACCGCCUCUUCUUUCUCUUUUCCAUUUUUGCCCUCGCAAAGCCUUCGAAAUCACUAUCAGACGCUGACCUCCCUGCAAUGCUCUCCCUCUCGAAGGCGCUCGACGCCUCGAAAACCCUAGAAUGGACGGAUGCUGACCCGUGCAAGUGGCCCAGGGUCAGUUGCGCCGGAGAACGCAUCUCAGCCAUCCAAAUCGGCGGCCGCAGUCUGAAGGGUUCCCUGCCGUUGGAUCUUCACAAUCUGACCGAGCUCCAGCAGCUGGAGCUCCAGAACAACGCCCUCUCGGGCUCACUACCUUCCUUCCGGGGCAUGGCCCAGCUCCGCAUCCUACUCCUCCACAACAACAGCUUCGAAUCCAUACCGUCGGAUUUCUUUGACGGGUUAUCAGCCCUCGAUUCGGUCUCUCUCGACAAUAACCCCUUCUCAGCGUGGGAGAUCCCAGUCGGCCUCAACGGAUCUUCGUUGCUGGUGAAUUUCUCCGCCAACACGGCGAACGUCAGCGGCACGUUGCCGGGCUUCUUCGGCACGGCAUUCGCCAGCUUGAAUCAUCUAGGGCUAGCCUUCAACUGGCUGCGGGGCCCACUUCCUGACGAGUUCUCUGGUUCACCGAUCCAGUCGCUCUGGGUCAACAACCAGAACGGAGAGCAGCUGUCGGGAACCAUCGAUGUGAUACAGAACAUGACGAACCUCGUCCAGGUGUGGCUGCAUUCGAAUUCUUUCACCGGACCGAUCCCGAACGUCUCCGGUCUUGUUUCGUUGCAGGAAUUGAAUGUCCGGGACAACCAUCUUACGGGCAUUAUCCCGGACUCGCUUGUGAAGCUUCAGUCACUGAAAAGGAUUGUUCUUGCGAACAAUCUACUACAGGGACCCACGCCUCAGUUCCCGAAAUCGGUCGUUUCGGACCUCAAUGAAAGCUCGACUAGGAACCGGUUCUGCACCCCGGCGGGGCAGUGCGACCCGCGCGUCAAUGCGCUGCUUGCUGUCACGGCGACACUGGGCUACCCGGCGAAGCUCGCGGAUGAUUGGGCGGGCAAUGACCCCUGCGGCCCGCCUGCGUGGAUGGGGAUCACUUGCUCGGUUGAUGGGAACAUCACCGUUGUCAAUUUCAUGAAAAUGGGGCUCUCGGGCACUAUUUCGCCGGAGUUCGAACGGUUCAGAUCACUGCAGAAGCUGCUGCUUGCGGAUAACAAACUCACUGGCUCGAUACCUCCCCAGCUUGCGAAUCUGCAACAUCUCGUUGAGGUGAAUCUCAGGAACAAUUUCCUCUCCGGGAGCAUCCCGCCUUUCAACGGGCGGGUUAAGGUGGAGACGGAUGGGAAUCCAGAUAUUGGGAAGACGGGUGGUGGGCCUUCUCAAGCUCCAGGUGGGGCCACUCCUUCACGCCCGUCGUCUGGUGGCAAUGGAACAGAUGUCAUUGGCGGGAGCACUGGCGGUAAGAAAUCUUCAAUUUCGACUGGAAUCAUCGUAGGUGCUGUGGCUGGCGCUGCCUGUUUGUUUGGGUUCAUGGGGCUGUUUGUUUACUGUCUAUACAAGAGGAAAAAGCACCCGUUUGGUCGGGUGCAGAGCCCAAACACGACGAUCAUCCACCCUAGGCAUUCUGGGUCUGACCCUGAGAUGGUGAAGAUCACUGUUGCAGGCUCGAGCCUGAAUGCUGGGGCUGCAAGCGACACCUACAGCCGGACAAGCAGUGGGCCGAGCAGCGAUGUCCAGGUGGUCGAGGCUGGGAACAUGGUGAUCUCAAUUCAGGUGCUGAGGAAUGUGACAAACAACUUCAGUGAGGAGAACAUACUCGGGCGGGGCGGGUUCGGGACAGUCUACAAGGGGGAAUUGCAUGAUGGGACAAAGAUCGCCGUCAAACGCAUGGAGUCAGGUGUAAUCAGCAGCAAGGGGCUGAAUGAAUUCAAGUCGGAAAUUGCCGUCCUGACCAAGGUCCGCCACCGGCACCUUGUGGCCCUCCUUGGGUAUUGCCUGGAUGGCAACGAGCGGCUCUUGGUCUAUGAAUACAUGCCGCAGGGGACCCUCAGCCGUCACCUGUUUGAUUGGGAGAAAGAGGAGCUGAAGCCGCUGGAAUGGUCGAAGAGAUUGACAAUUGCUUUGGAUGUUGCAAGGGGGGUUGAGUAUCUGCACUCCCUGGCCCACCAGAGCUUCAUUCACAGGGACCUCAAGCCCUCCAACAUACUGCUUGGCGACGACAUGAGGGCAAAGGUGGCAGAUUUCGGGCUCGUCCGGCUUGCGCCAGAAGGUGGGAAGUGUUCAGUCGAGACCAGGCUCGCUGGGACUUUUGGCUAUCUAGCACCAGAGUAUGCCGUGACGGGCCGAGUGACGACAAAAGCUGAUGUGUUCAGCUUCGGGGUUAUCCUGAUGGAGCUGAUAACAGGCAGGCGGGCCCUGGACGAGAGCCAGCCGGAGGAUAGCAUGCACCUGGUGACGUGGUUCCGCCGAAUGCAGAUCAACAAGGAGACGUUCCACAAGGCUAUAGACCCGAAGAUUGCCCAGACGGCAGACACGCUAGCGAGCGUGAACAAGGUGGCGGAGCUGGCGGGGCACUGCUGUGCAAGAGAGCCAUACCAGAGGCCGGAGAUGGGGCACGCGGUGAACGUGCUGUCGUCGCUGGUGGACGUGUGGAAGCCUACGGACCCUGAUGCAGAGGACAUAUACGGGAUUGACCUGGACAUGACGCUACCACAAGCCCUGAAGAAGUGGCAGGAGUUUGAGGACAGCAGUGCCACAUCGUCGUUUGUAGCCAGCAUGGAUAACACCCAGACCAGCAUACCCACAAGGCCUGCUGGCUUUGCUGAUUCCUUCACCUCAGCUGAUGGCAGAUGAGUCAUUCAAGGGCCUGUGUAUUCCUUCUUCUCAACCUCCUUUUUUUUUUUUUCGGUUUGAUGAUGUUGGUUUUUUCUUCCUUUCCUCCUUUUUUCAGACCUUUCUUCUUUUUCUUUUUCUUUUUUUGGUUUUCUUCUUCUUCUCUUUUUUAAAAAAAAAAUUAUUUCUCUUUUUUGUUUCUUUUUUUUUUGUUGGUUGAAUGGAGUUUUUGGAAAUGUUACAAACAGAUAACAGGAAAUUGUUAUCUUUGUAUGGUGUUUGUGA